AUGAAGGUCCAUGGGUUCCGCAAAAGCUUGGCGUCCUUGUACACACCGUCUGCGGUGAAAAGUUACACCGAUGCUUGUGAGGCACCUGUUGCAAUGUGGAAUGGAGCAAUUCCUUUAAAGCAAACAUUUGUCAAUAAAAACGGAAAUUAUGUGAGUGUUGUGAAGAAAACAUAUUCCCACCCACCCGAAGUUUUACCUACGCAGCUGAACUUUAAUGAUAUUGAUUCCAUGUACUGUAUCGGCAACGACGAGUUGAUUCGAUACUUUCCGGAAGGUUUAGGGGGCAAAGUUAUGCAGCUGAUGCCUCCAGGCCAUCCCCGUGGUUUCUUAUAUCGGAAAGAGAGUCAUCUUUUGAAUACAUUUAUUCAGAAGCUCACAUUCUGGGCUACUAAACGGAGCGUUAUUAGCACCUUGAGUAAUGGGAGGCCGGGCUUUAUUCUGGACGGUCCCACGGGAUGCGGCAAAAGUGCAUUGGUUUGUCAGGCGGUACAUUUCGCGCGAUCACGCAAUAUUCUCACACUAUACAUACCAAAUGCCAAGACAUGGACACAUGGGGAAUGGUGUUGGCCCAGUGUAAUUUUGCCAGGUUUUUUUGAUGCACCCGAUGCGGCGCGAGAGUUUCUUCAGUAUUUUGCUAUUUCAAAUCGAAACAUUUUAGAAAAUUGGUCUCUCAAAUGUACACCAAGUGACCUUCCCAUAGAUCAAGGUGAAACAUCCCCUAAGACACUUCUACAGCUGUGUGAGUGGGGUUAUCAGGCGGUUGCUCCAGCUUCCAUAGAUCGACAAAGUGUUUGUAUAAAGUUUCUUCUUGAUGAGUUAAGUGCCGAAAAAGAGAAGACCAUUUUAAUUGUUGUAGACGGGUGGAACCUUUUCUCACACAAUACACACUUUCGAUACCCACAUCCAGACUUCUUACGUACCCUGACAUCGUUGACCGACAAAAACACAGAUGUGGAUAUGUAUCCUCAAGAACUGCCCCGCAUCCCUUCGUCGCGUCUUAGUUUUGUUCGAGGUCUCAACAAGUUUAUCUUGUCCUCUGAUGAGCCUAAUAAAUUUUUCAUUACAUGCACCACACGGGAUUUUAAGCCUUUUGACGGCAUUAGUGGCUUUCCAGAUGUUGAAAAGGACAAAUUCACGAAUAGCCUGGAUGAGUACGCGCCAUACUACCCAGAAAAAGACUCCUUUUUCCACACUAUUAAAAUUGACAACUUUACUGAGUAUGAAUAUCGUGCGUUUCUUCGCUUUCUUAUUAACUCUGGCGAGCUGGCUGGGCUUGGGUGGGGCCCAAUGUGGCAUUACUCCAGUGAUUUUGAGAGAAAACUUUACAAAAUAGGGUUUUUGUCGGAUCGAAAUCCACAACGUGUUAUUGAUCAUUAUCACCAGGAAAUGGUGUGGCGUUAUGAGUACAAACGGGUUCGCCAGAAGCAGUUUUUACUGUCAAGACGCAAUGCGUAUUUUGUAUCUCAACGGCAGGCUUCAAAUCCCAGUGUGAGUCCGUCAUGA